CAUGGUGGGUAGUAUGCAUGUAAGCUGCUCAUUGGAAAUCAGAUUACGCGGUCCAUCAUUCAGCCGUAAUGAUGAGCAAGAGGUACUUGAGAAAGAGCUUAAAGGUUGCAUCAGGCAGUCUGUUGCCUCAUCAGCUAUCUUUGGCGCAGUUCGCCUUGAUUCGCCCUGACGUUUCUUUGGCCAAAUUGCCCCUUCCAACACCAUCUUUCAGUGCUCCAUAGCUUGCACCAAUGUCAGCAGCCGCCGAGGUUGAAGUUGACGAUUAUGAGAACGAAUCGGGGUACGGCGAUGAGUUUUCAGUGGUGACCGCCUCCAUCGACAGCUAUAUACUUAGGUACGAGCAGAAACACGGGCGAACCUACCACAGCUACCACCAAGGGUCAUAUAACUACCCAAACGACGAGCAGGAGCAAGAUCGCCUCGACCUGGUUCACCACGCCUUCAGACUCGUGCUUCAGGAUAGGCUUUUUCUCGCACCCAUAAACCUGAACAGCUCUGAUCUUAGAGUCCUCGAUAUUGGUACCGGCACCGGCCUAUGGGCCAUUGAAUUUGCAGACGAGAACCCUCAGGCAACUGUCGUCGGCGUUGAUCUCAGUCCUAUCCAACCUGGGUGGGUGCCACCCAAUGUUCAAUUCUACGUUGACGAUGUUGAGGAAGACUGGGACGAGCCUAAGCAUUACGACUACAUCCACUGUUGCUACAUGGCCGGCGCCAUCGCGGACUGGCCGGCGCUCGUACGCCGACUUUACGAUCACCUAAAUCCUGGUGGGUGGGUGGAGUUUCAGGAAACUAUCAACACGCUUUACUCAGACGACGGAACUCUGGAGCCGAACAAUGCUCUCGUGGGGUUGAUGGAUAACCUCAAAAAAGUCCACGACAAGAUUGGCCGCACGCUAGAUCCCGCUCCUGAGUUCAAGAACUGGGUAUGGGAGGCUGGCUUCCACAACAUUACGGAGCAAAGGUUCAAGUUUCCUGUAGGCCCGUGGCCUAAGGACAGGAGGUUGAAAGAGAUCGGGGCUUGCUUAAGCAUGAACUUCACCAGCGGCGUUGAUGCCUUCACAGCGAAGCCUUUCAGAGACCAUUUAGGUUGGUCACAGAAGGAGGUGGAGGUUCUGAAAGCGGAGGUUCGGAAGGCAGCUAAACGCAGGGAGGUUCAUGCCAUGUUCCAUCUUGUUGUUGUGACAGCGCAGAAGCCAGGAUCAUAGCGAGUGAAGCUGGCAUUCAUGGCCGCAGCCAGCCAACGUAAAAUGGCCUCCU